ACAUCAAGUACUUACCUCCUGACUUUGUGAAUAACUUUCUAUCUUAAGCCAUUUUUAUUGUAAAUUUCUUUUUGUGUGCAACUAAGCUUAACCUUAACGGAUACACAUGCCCUCCCAUUUCAUGCAUACUUGGGAAUAACUAGUUUCUCUUGGUUUCAAUUCCAAGCUCCUAGAGAGAUUGGAAGAGCUUAGCUUCUGUAACUGCUGGUAUUCCAAUCAACAAUGGCCAGGGGAGCAAAGUUCCAUAACACAAAUGGGAUACAGAGGAUUCUUGCAUAUUAAAGUUCUACAUUUUUACAGAAUUCUUCAGAUGCUUCCUUUUAGCCACAAAUGUAAGGAGUACCAAACCCGAGUGGAACUAUGUUAUGCCCACUAGCAAAAGCAUGCAGCUUACUCAGUUUUGGCCAAAUGGCAAAGACUCUGGAAAUCAGGCACUUGAUUCUCACAGUCAGGUGGAGUCCAACCGAUCCAGUUCCCUACAUAUAAAAUGAUUACCUAAACAGUUCUUCAAUUCGACAUCUUAUGAAGACAGAAAAAAGAUUUGAAAUGGCACAACCCACAUUCUAAGCGUUAAAUUUUAACCAGAAGAUUGGGAUAAAAGGCAACAUAGUACCAUGAAAGCAUAGCCACUUUGACAACGUUUGUAACUGAGCCAGCGGUGGCCAUGACCUGCUGCGAAGGAUGGACAUCCUGCAAUGGAUUCAGCCUGCUGGUUCUACUGCUGUUAGGAGUAGUUCUCAAUGCGAUACCUCUAAUCGUCAGCUUGGUUGAGGAAGACCAAUUUUCUCAAAACCCCAUCUCUUGCUUUGAGUGGUGGUUCCCAGGAAUUAUAGGAGCAGGUCUGAUGGCCAUUCCAGCAACAACAAUGUCCUUGACAGCAAGAAAAAGAGCAUGCUGCAACAACAGAACUGGAAUGUUUCUUUCAUCACUUUUCAGUGUAAUCACAGUCAUUGGUGCUCUGUAUUGCAUGCUGAUAUCCAUCCAGGCUCUCUUAAAAGGUCCUCUCAUGUGUAAUUCUCCAGGCAACAGUAAUGCCAAUUGUGAAUUUUCAUUGAAAAACAUCAGUGACAUUCAUCCAGAAUCCUUCAACUUGCAAUGGUUUUUCAACGACUCUUGUGCACCUCCUACUGGUUUCAAUAAACCCACCAGUAACACCACCACAGCGAGUGGCUGGACAGCAUCUAGUUUCCACUUCGAUUCUGAAGAAAACAAACAUAGGCUUAUCCACUUCUCAGUAUUUUUAGGUCUAUUGCUUGUUGGAAUUCUGGAGCUCCUGUUUGGGCUCAGUCAGAUAGUCAUUGGUUUCCUUGGCUGUCUGUGUGGUGUCUCUAAGCGAAGAAGUCAAAUUGUGUAGUUUAAUGGGAAUAAAAUGUAAGUAUCAGUAGUCUGAAUAAUUUGAGAAGCACACUUGUUUACAAAGUCAUCUUUGAGAUGAUUUAAAAAAUCAACCCUUCACGUAGAAAGCAUGUUGCAAAUGCAUAACAUUCUCAUAUCGGUGGUUGAUUUGGGAAAGGUGGAGAAAAUUUUCAAUUAGUUUUGUAUUGUACUAUUCAAACUUUUUACCUCUUCAUUGUGUGUAGAGAAAGAAGGGAAGGAGGAUGAGAAGGAACGGAAGUCAUCCUGAAAAUAAAAGUGCAGGACCUUUUUUUUAAAUUUUAUUUGAGACAGGGUCUCAAAAAAGGCUGGAGUAUAGUAGUACAGUGGUGCUAUCUCAGCUUACUGCAGCCUCAACCUCCUGGGCUCAGGUGAUUCUCCCACCUCAGCCUCCCUAGUAGCUGGGACUACAGGCGCGUGCCACUAUGCCAAGCUAAUUUUUGUAUUUUUAGUAGAGAUGGGGUUUUUCCAUAUUGCUCAGACUGGUCUCGAACUCCUGGACUCAAGUGAUCUGCCUGCCUCAGCCUCCUAAAGUGCUGCGAUUACAGGCAUGAGCCAUCGCACCCAAAGUACAGGACCUUUUUAUUGUAUUUCUUUAAAGAAUAAAUAUAUAACCUGAAUGCAAUCAAGUCUUUAGAUCUAAUUCUCAGCUUGCAGGGAACACUAGGACAAAUCCAAAAAGUGGGUCAGUGGGCACAGAAUGGCCCCAUUUUUAACAGGAAAAUGUCAUAAAAGAAAUAUUUUUGAGGGAACUGUUCUAGAUUAAGAGAAUAGAGGCAUGUUUCAGCUAAACACAUGUAAACUUUGUCAGAGAUAAUUGGGAGGAGUAUGUAGAAGAAUUGGAUUAUUGUUAAUUUUGGUAGGUCUGAUAAUGGUUUUAUAGUAUAAAGGCUGAGUACCCCUUAUCCAAAAUGAUUAAGAUCAGAAGUGUUUUGGCUGUCACAUUUUUUUGGAUUUUGGAAUUCUGCCUAUAAUAAUGAGACAUCUUGGGGAUGGGAUGCAAGUCUAACCACAAAAUUCAUUUAUGUCUCAUACACACUUUAAACACCUGGCCUGAAGGUAAUUUCACACAAUAUUUUAAAUAACUUUGCGCAUGAAACACAAUUUUGACUGCAACUCAUCACAUGAGGUUAGGUGUGGAAUUUUCCACUUGUGGUGUUAUGUUAGUGGCUCAAAAAGUUUUAGAUCUCGGAGCAUUCUGGAAUUUGAAUUUUUGGAUUAGUGAUGCUCAACCUGUAUACAGAAAUGUCCUCAUUUUUUAAAAAAGAAAUGCAUAUUUAUAUGUUGCAAAAAUACUUCAACUAAAAGCAAUGGGAAGAUGUUUACUGUUAUAUUUAGGUGAUAGGUACAUGGCAAUUCAUUAUACCCUCCUAUUUUCCUAUGUUUACAUUUUUCAUUAAUUAAAAAACAAUACCUAGAAAAACCCAAGUCUUUCAAAAGCUAUUUUCUAUAUGUGCCAAUCUUUAAGAAACAGGGUAACAAGUGUAUUUAUCACAUUAAAAUGUAAAACAACAAAGCUAAAAAUCUAAAAUUUUCUGAAUGUUAUUUCUAUAUUUCAAUUGUUUAUGUUUAUUGGGCUUAAGAUUCUAGAAAUAAUUUGCAGUACCUAUAUUAUAGCUACCUAAAUAAAUUUAGUAACAUCAA